AUGGCUGCGUCAAUACAGCGAUCGCGAUGCCUGCUCUCUUCAUCGACGCUCCAGUCGCUUCCACGGUCGCUCACACCGGCCUCGCAAUGCUCCCGAACAUUUGCCACAACCGUGGACCCUCCGCAGCCCUCAACUUCAAACCAACAGCGUCCUACGACAAGAUUCCGCGAUAAACUAAACACCGGGCCCUCCUUCAACGACUUUGUAAAUCCCAAUGCGCCUCUCCCACCCUCCGAAGCCUACGAAAUCAAGACCGCGCAAGUGGGACCCGAAGGCCGCAAGAAGACGAUAACACGGCUUCCGGAAUGGCUCAAGACGCCUAUACCAGUCGACCAGAACUACAAGAAGAUCAAGAAUGAUUUGAGGGGCUUGAAUCUGCACACGGUCUGCGAAGAGGCCCGAUGUCCCAACAUUUCGGACUGCUGGGGCGGGAGCUCCAAGAGCGCUGCGACCGCCACGAUCAUGUUGAUGGGUGAUACUUGCACAAGAGGAUGUCGGUUUUGCUCGGUAAAGACGUCAAAGACACCACCGCCGUUAGAUCCACACGAACCGGAGAACACGGCGGAGGCGUUGAAGCGGUGGGGCCUUGGUUAUGUCGUCCUAACAUCGGUGGAUCGGGAUGAUCUCGCCGAUGGAGGUGCACGGCAUUUCGCAGAGACGAUCAUGAAGAUCAAGCAGAAGGCGCCUACUAUGCUUGUAGAGGCAUUGACAGGAGACUACGCUGGCGACCUAGAGAUGGCGAAGCUGGUCGCGCUGAGUGGGCUCGACGUCUAUGCGCACAACAUUGAGACGGUAGAAGAACUCACACCCUUUGUGCGCGACCGGAGAGCAAAGUUCAGGCAGAGUCUGGAGGUCCUGCGAACAGCAAAGGAAACUAAACCAGAGCUGAUCACGAAGACAAGCAUAAUGCUGGGCUUGGGGGAGACAGAGGAACAGCUCUGGCAUGCGCUGAAAGAGCUGCGCAAGAACAACGUCGAUGUCGUGACCUUCGGUCAAUACAUGCGUCCCACAAAGCGACACAUGGCAGUCCACGAGUACGUAACACCCGACGCGUUCGAGCUAUGGCGACAGCGAGCUCUAGACAUGGGCUUCCUAUACUGCGCAUCGGGACCGCUUGUGCGAUCAAGCUACAAGGCCGGCGAAGCCUUCAUAGAGAACGUACUCAAGAAGAGAGCCGCAAAGAGGAACGAGUUGGUUGGCGCACAGGCCGUCGAAGAUGUGAAGACAGCAUAG